UUUUUAUUUCAAUUAAUUUUGAACUUGACAAUGAAAUAUACAUGUGAAGAAAUAAAGAACGGAUAAAGGGAAAAAAGAAAAAAGAAAAAAUAUAAAAAGAGAGAUGGAAAUGAAAUUAUUAGAACUUAUUUUUAUUUUUUCAUUAAUAUUGUAUCACAUGGCUAAUUUAUUGAGUAAAACUGGAUUGAAUUUUAUUUAGUAGCUAAAAAAGAUUAAAUAUAUUAUAUUUUUAAAUUUUAAAUUAUUCAAACACAAAAAUUAAAAAAAAUUAGAAAAAUUGCCACACUAUUUAUAAAUUUCACCUAAUAAUAAUAAUAAUAAUAAAUAAUAAUACUAACAAUAACAGUACCAAAUCUAACAACCAGAAUAUUAUAUGGCCCUUUCUGGCUUCUUCUUGUCAUGUUUUAACGUGCUCUUUUUCUCUCUUUCCCAACCACCUGUCCGAUCUCUUCAGCUUCAGAAUCGGCUUUCAUUUCCAAUUUCUCUUGAUUUUUUGUUCUGUUCUUAAUUCUCAAUGAAUUAAUGGUGGUUUCUUUCACACUCUGUGUAUCUUCCAGUAAGUAGUUGUAGCAUCUUCAUUUUACAUUACCAUUUAUUCCAAGUUUCUUAGAAUUAUCAGAUUUUGCAUCUGGGUCUAUUUUUUGUGAGCUUAUAAGGUUACCUUUUGGUUUCUUCAUCAUUUCUUUAAUGGGCUAUGAUAAAAAUUUUGACGUUCGGUUUCUUGGUGUUGGUUUUGAACUGAUUUUGGUAUGAUAAUAUAUGGGUCUGUGCUUCUUGGAUUGAUCUAUACUGACAUUAGGUUCUUGAUAGUGUAAUGUCAUCUUUUCUUGGGAAUGUUUGAAUAUGCAGUCUUUUUAGUAUGAUAAGUGUGUUAGUUGAGUCUUGGCAGCAUGGUUGAUUGGGAUAAUGACUACUUUUAAUAGGAGUAAGUCAUUCAACCAGAAAGUAUUAAAUGUUGGGAGUCCAAGAUCUUUGAGCUUUGGAAGCCCAAGAGUGAAUAGGUCUAGCUUAAUCUCACAUUGGUUUACGGUGCUUGUUGUGAUCGGGUCUUUGCUUACAUUUUUCAUAGCCAUUGGAGGUGGUUACAUUUAUGUGCUCCCAAGCCUCACUCAAGCUUUUUACGGAUUUGGCAUAUCUAAAUCUAAUGAUUCAAUAAGAAAUUGCAAUGUCUUCUAUGGAAAUUGGGUAUUGGAUGAUGAUUACCCUUUAUACAAUGCUUCGGAGUGUCCUUUUGCAGAACAAGGAUUCAACUGCUUAGGAAAUGGGAGGAAAGAUGAAGAUUAUCUUAAAUGGAGGUGGAAACCGAAGAACUGUGAUAUUCCAAGAUUCCAUGUGCAUGAUUUAUUGGAAAGAUUUCGAAAUAAAAGGAUCAUCUUUGUUGGUGACUCAAUGAGUAGAACACAGUGGGAAUCAUUAGUAUGUUUGCUCAUGACAGGGAUAGAGGAUAAGAAAAGUGUUUAUGAAGUCAAUGGGAAUAAGAUAACAAAACGGAUUAGAUUUUUGAGUGUUCGUUUUAGAUCCUUUAAUUUCACUAUUGAGUUCUUUCGAUCAGUUUUCUUGGUACAACAUAGUUGGAUGCCUAGACAUUCACCAAAGCGGGUUAGGUCAACACUCAGAUUGAACAAAAUGGAUGAUAUUAGCGGAGAGUGGGUUAAUUCGGAUGUCCUGAUAUUCAACACAGGACAAUGGUGGGUGCCCGGGAAGCUUUUUGAAACGGGAUGCUAUUUCCAGGUUGGGAAUUCAGUAAAGCUUGGAAUGUCAAUUCCUGCUGCCUUCAGAAUAGCUCUGGACACUUGGGCAUUGUGGGUGCAGAACACAAUUGACACAAAUAAAACACGAGUCUUCUUUAGGACUUUUGAGCCAUCUCACUGGAGUGAUCAAUCCCACAGGUUUUGCAACGUGACUAGGCACCCUUCGUCAGAAACAGGAGGAAGGGACAAAAGUGAAUUUUCAGACACAGUCCUAGAGGUGGUAAAAAAUGUCACGGUUCCUAUAACUGUACUUCAUAUAACCUCCAUGUCAGCUUUCAGAACCGAUGCACAUGUUGGUGAGUGGAAUGACAACUUGCCUGUACCUGAUUGUAGCCACUGGUGUUUACCUGGAGUACCUGAUAUGUGGAAUGAGGUUCUGCUCUCUUUUUUGCUUUACCAACCAUAGACCUUUACGCUGAAGAUUGCAGAUUCAAGACACAUACAGCUGAUACCUGCACACGCAGCUACUUGAACCUCUGAUUUGCCAAGUAUGCCAAAGCAGAGCAAUGAUUAUUUGGUUUGGCUUGUAUCCCCUGUUCUUACUUGGUUCCCUUUGGAAUUGCUGCGAGUUUCAAGGGAAGAAAGAUGUAGAGUUACAAGGAAAUUGCAGUUUUCUAACAGAAAUCAUUUUUUCAUUCUUUAUGCAGUGCAAUGUAUUUCAAUUUUGUCUAUUUGUUAUUAUUUUAUUUUUCUUGGGGUAAAAUUUGUUUGAUAAAGAAACAGAAAUAACUUUUA